AUGGAUCAGAUCUAUCCUUCAACAUCAUUAAAUCAAAUUGAUGAAUUAAAAUUUAAAAACUUAGAAGAUGUAUUAAUAGAUGUUGAUGUGAUAUAUCCUCGGUUUUCUGUUCAUAAUAUUGAAGAAUUUCAACAAGGUAUUGAACAUCCCAAUGAACAUGGUUAUGCUAUAUUUAGCAAUAUACUUACCAAUGAUGAAGUUAGUUAUAGUGUGAAUUUAUUAUGGAAAUAUUUAGAAAGUUUACCAAAAUCAUAUCAUAUUCAACGUAAUACUCUAGAAACAUUGGAUGAACCAUGUUAUAUAAGAGUUCCUAAUCAAUAUUCGUCACUUGAAAAAUUACAUCCUCGUCUAAUUAAAUGUAAAGCAGAUGAUUUUAUUGUUUGGGUUUGUCGUUCUAUCCAUUGUAAUACACCAGCAAUUGUUAAUAAAGAAGAAAAUAAUCAAUCAGAAUUAUUACGUAUUAUUUCUUAUAUAUGUAUGAGUCCAUUAUCAAUGUUUGUACCUAAAAUAGAUCAAUAUAAAAAUUUAGAAGAAUUUUGUCAAUUAAGAGAACAAUUUGUUCGAGAUAGAGUUACAUAUACACAUUCUCCAUUAGAACUUGACGUUGUUAGCCAAGGAUUAUUACACGAUGAAAAAAGUAUCCUAAAGCUCAAUGCAUUUCAACAUUCUCUUAUCAUAGGUACACAUAUUGAACCUGGAAAUGGAACAACAGAAAUUGACCUUUAA